GCUGGGGACCACAGACUUUUGCACAGUACUGUAAUUUAAGAAAUGUUGUUAUGAAAGUCAAUUAUUACGGGGAGAUAUUUGAAGUAUGUUCUCUUUUCUUCAUAUUAGGUUGCAUUUGAUUGCACAUAUACACUUCAGGAGAAGUACAGUUUUGCAUGCAGUGACAUGUGAAUUGAUGCUCUGCUACUUCCAGCUCUGAUUUGACUUUUCUCUUUUUCAGGUAAAAGUUAAGAGAACAUGGAAGGACAGGGCUCUCCGUACUCAACAAUAUUCUCAUUUGUCCCACUACUGCACAUUCUGUGGCAAAGACUACAAAGGCUUGAAUGUUAUGAGACAUGCUCUCUCGCACCUCAAAAGUAGGAAACUAAGAUGCAUUCUCUGCGGAAAACGCUUCAAACAGCUUCCUUUUGCCAAAAAGCACAUUCUUGAGCACAUUGAUACAAUGUGCAAACAAAAAUCUUCUAAUAAGGAGCCAUCCAUUGAAAAUGCUCAAGCUGCUAAUGGAGUAAUAGACAAUGCAGGAAAUAAGUGUAAGCCUUGGGAUAAAAAACAGACUUCUAUUUCUGAGGGCGAAACUUUUGGACAGAGACCCGGAAGCAAAGCUAAAGUGUCACAUCUCAAGAGGGAAGAACGAAUCAUCAGGAACCUCCGUACCCUCAUCAAGAAGACAUCUGUGCUUCACAAAAAAUGCAAAAAAUCUAACACAAAUGUAUUCAAACAGAUCGACUUUAAGGAUGAGCAGGUAAUCAUUAAAGAAGGCCUGGUAAUUGUAAGUAAUCCAUCUGUGAUUGAAGAAGAGGGGCAGGAGACGCCUGCGGGAGAAAAUGCUUGUGGUGCAGACAUCACAUACCACUUGUGCCCGUCUGACUCCUGCGAUAGAGUAUUCUUGAGGAUGACCAACACACUAACAAAGCAUGCUAUCAAAUGCCAUAUUACUGAAGACAAGGUGCUAGAGAAGACUUUUGUUUGGGCCAAACACAAGUGCACCCUCUGCCUCAGGCAGAUUCAGUUUCUUCAGCAUUAUAAGGACCACAUGAAGAGCCACAGUAGUCCUCUUCCACACUUCUGCUACCAUCUAGAGUGUAAGCAGCGCUUUGUGACACAGCAGGAAUUAAAGGAUCACGUAAAUACCCACCAGCCCUUCCGACCUCAGUGUCCUUUCAGUGGCUGUGAGAAACUUUUCUCAAGUUAUCUGGGUCUAUAUGACCAUGAAUGGAGGCACUAUGUCCCAGUCCCGCAGAAAGACGAGCUAGAAUUGGGACCCAGCAAACUGAUAAAGGAAAGCGCUGAAGCUCCAUGGAAACAGAGAGUGAAGGUCGAGGAGAUAUGGCUACAGAGUAAAAAGGGGCAGCAGGAGAGUCCCAUUCCUGAUGGUGAGGCCUCUCGUGUUGAGGAUCUCACACUAAUAAACAAAACUGAUGGUGAGACUGGUGGAAUAAAUGCGCAAAACAAUAAUCUUCUUAAGUCUGAUAACUAUUCAGAGAAAACUGUUGCAGAUCAGCACACAGAUGAUACCAAACCUACCAUCAAUGGAUAUGAAGAUGUGAAAACAAAUGUUUCAGAGGGGUUUAUGUCCACUUCUCACACUAACGCUGCUUCAGCGACUCCCACCAAAAGAUGUCGAAAAAGACCAACUACUGUCGAGGUAGACCCUUUAAACGUCAGAGAUCUUGAAGAUAUUUCUACUUUGGCCGAGGGAGUCCAACAGAAUAUAGCAGAGCCACACAUUCCUGAGCACAAAACCUUCAAGCCCGAAGAUCCCUCCUACGCAACUUUUGUUAAGGCCCCUUUCAUCCGGCCACCUCCAUCCACCUACCUGGAUGAAUCUGUGCUUUCAAUGCGCAAAAGGAGGUCCACUGAUGAUGCUCCCAAGAAAAUUAUUUAUUGGAGUCAUAAGAAAAAGAAGGACCCUGAUCCAGAAAAGGAGCAGCAGGUGGAGGAUGUGGCCCCCGAGCAUAAGAUCAGACAUCGCUGUGAUAAAUGCCUUUCCUCUUACAGUAGUCUGGAGGAGUUGCAGAAACACAAAGCCCUCAACACGUGCUCUUCCCUCUUUGGCUUUGAUUCAGAUGAUGAAAGUUAAUAUUUGCAGGAGUGUGAAGAGUUGCUGCAAUUGGAAUGGCUAUUUCUGUUACUUGGCUCAGGAGGGUCCUUCAUGACAACUAAACACUAAAAUCCUUUCUUAAUGAUCAGUCAUAGUGCUUAAGGCAAAGGAGAUGUAAACCAGAAAAUACCUAGUACCUAAAAACCAAAUUUGGGUUGAAACUACACACAAUAUUUAUUCACCCCUUUUUUUUUUUUUUUUUUUUUAAAGCUAAUUUGACCUGCUGACUUUGUCAAGUCCAUGUAAAUUUGGGAAAUACACUAAUUGUCAGGUAACGGGAAUCUGAAUAAUGGACCCAUUCCCUCUGCUGUGGUGUUCACGAGUCUUUGGAGACUGGAUAAGAGAAUGAAUUCUACACACAGUUCAUCAUUGGAGGUGUGAAUUGCAGUGUGCAAACAACAUGUAUGUUCUGUGGUUUUCCAAAUGAGGCAUAGACCACUUAGUUUGUAUCGUAGAGCACUUGAGAACUUACUAGACAUGACUGUAAAGGUGGAUAUCAGAUGGCUGCAUCAUCGUAACUUUUGUACACUGUAAAAUCUAUUUUCUAAAUAAGUCCUUCAAACCCCUGUCACAAAUGCACAUUUUAAACUAAGAAAAUCAUGUGGGUAGCAGUUGGGCGGGACUGGGGUUGCCUUUAUUAAAUUUCUCUAGUUGCGAUACAAUUAUGUAUUAGGGCCGUGGCCAAAACAUUUGAAACAAUGUAAAUCUGCCUUCAUUUUGUUAAACUUUCUGUACAGCGUAUGCAUUACUCACAAUUCUGUUAGUGCCAAGACUGAAUCAGUGUUCACACUGUAGGAUGAUAAAAACCAUGUAACUAAUACAGUACCAGCUUGCUUUAAAGUUUUUAUUCUUUUAAGUUGGUUUAAACAAUGAUUGUGCAUUUCUUUAUGUAGAGUAUUUCACAUUUAUCAUAUAUGAACCUUUCAGGUGGUUGAUCUGUUUAAUACCUUUUUGAUGUAAUGUUUAUAUAAGACGAUGCACUUAAACCUGCUUAUUUAUAUGUACAAAUGUCAAUAGAUUGGAUUUGUAAAGGUAUUGAUUCCCCAUCUAUUUUUCUUAAAGAAAAAAAAGUGAUGAAAUUUGUUUGAAUAAACAAACUA